AUGAAGGUGCUGGUCCAGGCCUACUUGGAUGAAGCAAGAUGGAUGAACAGUAAAUACAUGCCUACAUUAAAAGAGCAUCUUGAUGUCUCACUAGUUAGCGCUGGCUACAUUUUUGUCUUUGGCGUUGCUUGUGUUGGCAUGGGAGAAGAGGCAACUAAAAAAGUUUUCGAUUGGAUGACUGCCCAUCCGAAAUUCGUUAUGGAUUUAUCGGUUAUAGCCCGAAUCGGAGAUGACAUUGCAAGCCACGAAUUCGAGCAAGAAAGGGAUCAUGUUGCUUCAACCGUUGAGUGCUACAUGAAGGAGCAUGGCGUAUCAAAGAAAGAAGCAUUUAUCAGUCUUCAAGAAAUGAUUACAAACGUGUGGAAGGACUUGAACGAGGCAUUCCUUAGACCGACAGUUAUCCCGUCGUCACUUCUUCUUCGAGGCCUCAACCUUGCACGUGUGAUGGAAGACCUGUACGUACAUGGAGAUGGAUAUACUCAUUCCAACAGAGAGACUAAAAAGAAUGUCAUGGCGCUGCUUGUUGAUUCCAUCCCCAUUCCAGUGUGA